UUUUAAGAGUAAGCAAACGAAGAAAUGGCGACUAGUACACCUGUAAGUGUAACAGAAGAUAAUCAAUCGAAAAGCAAAAAGCCUUCAAGUAGUGCCUUUAAACAACAGAAACUUCAAGCAUGGCAGCCCAUAUUAACAGCAGGAACUGUAUUACCAUCUUUCUUCAUAAUUGGAUUGGCAUUUAUUCCAAUUGGUAUAGGGUUGCUUGUUUCUUCGGAUAAGGUUCAAGAAUUUCAACUCGAUUAUACUCAUUGCAAAAACUCAGCUAAUGUAAAAUGUGCUGAAGUCAUCAUGAAAAAUAUUUCAGAAAGCUGUACCUGUGAAAUCACUUUUAAUCUGACAGAAAAUUAUGAGCGAAAUGUUUUUGUUUAUUAUGGGCUGACCAACUACUACCAGAAUCACAGACGAUAUGUUAAAUCCAGAGAUGAUCAACAGCUUCUAGGAAAAGUCAGUACCACAUUAUCUGCAGAUUGUGAACCAUUUGCUUAUGUUGAGAACGAAACAUCCAAAAUACCAAUUGCGCCAUGUGGAGCCAUAGCCAACAGCUUAUUCAAUGAUACCCUAACACUUGUUCAUCUUGAAGCCGGGAAUAUGGUAGAAGUUCCACUAUUGAAGACGGGAAUAGCUUGGCCUACAGAUACUAAUGUUAAGUUUCAGAAUCCCCCUGGAGAUGUGUCUUCAGGAGAAGCCUUUAAAAAUACAGCUAAGCCACCUAAUUGGGACAAGCCUGUGUGGCAGCUAGAUCCAACCGAUCCAAAAAAUAAUGGAUACCAGAAUGAAGACUUGAUUGUGUGGAUGCGAACCGCAGCUUUGCCUACUUUCCGUAAGCUGUAUCGUAGGGUUGACCACGAGGCAAAAGGAUUCAAGAACCAUCUUCCUAAAGGCUUGUAUAACCUGACUGUCAAGUAUGCUUAUCCAGUGACUUCCUUCAAAGGGACCAAAAGAUUCAUUUUGUCCACCACCACCUGGUUGGGAGGCAAAAACCCUUUCUUAGGAAUAGCUUAUAUUGUUGUGGGUAGCAUUUGUCUAAUCCUCUCUCUUGUGUUUCUGGUCAUCCACAAGAAGUUUGGCAGAAGCCCUCAUGAAAUAAUAGGAAAUAUUACCGAAAGAACCCCAUAUUGAUGUCAUAAAUCUGCACUGUUUCCAAGAAAAUUGGUUGGACUUUGAAGAAUUUAUCAGUAUCUAGGUGCAUUCCAUUAUUUUGAGUGUGUAAAGAAAUUAGCCACUUUUAACUAGAUGAUCAUAAUGAAUUUGUAGUGAGCAUGUUUCCUAGGUAAUUUAUUGACGUUGAAAAAAAAAAUGUUGGAGAUUUUAAGAUAAUUGGCUUGAGUAACUGACUUAAACCAACGAAAUAGUGAACUUAGAAACUCAUGGUUCUCAGGGAUAAUUUAUAGAAAUUAAAAUUUUUUCCGUAUUAAUAACUUAAAAAAAAGAAAGAAAGAAGAACUGUGUCUUCUACACUGUAAUAAAUACAUUGACUAUCGGUAACUUUCUUUUACAGUGAUAAUACAAAGAAAUACUGCAGGACUUUUUUUUCUUUUUUGUCUACAGAAAUUUUUAGGCAGAGAACUUUUCAACAUACUUAGAUGUCAAUAAAAGUAAAGUACAUAUUAUAAUUCUUGAUGCUUUUGUUUUUUAAUAGUUGAUCUGUGUAGACUUUUUGCCAAACUAUUUGUACUUUAUUUCCAAAUUGGAUUCUUUUGGGAACUAUUUUAAUGCAAUGUUAACAAGAAUUUUACACCAUUUCACUCAAGCUGAGAAAGAAUGUGUUAUUUUGCCCCAAUCCUUGAGGCAUAUUCUUCAUGCUCGAACUUUCUGUUAAUGUGUUAAAAAGAAAUAACAGUACCUUAAAAUUAUUUCAGUGGAAUAUUUUCAGCAAUCCUCAUAGCUGAACAUUUUCCUAAUGGUAAAUUGUAAAAGUGUUUGAAAUGCCUUUUAUGUAUUAAGUAAUUAUAGUUUUCCCAUGUUUGUUUGUUGCAAAGCCUGAAAUAAAUUUGAAUUACCACUUGAAACAACUUUAGAAUUUGACUUACCAUUUCUCCACGUGACAUAAUUUGCUGAAAUAAAUUUUAAAAUAUCAGUUUUAUUUAUUUGGUAUCAAAAAAAUAAUUAUGAGAUUACUUGUCAUAAUUUUUAGAACUUGUUCUUCCUGAGUAAGUUAAAAAAAGAAAAGUUUAGAUGUCCAAGUAUGUUUAUGAGAUUCAAUGGUUACUCUGUUGUUGUUUUUUUGUCUGGGACUUUGAGACAAAUUAAGUUUUUCCUCUCCGAACCUUUGUACUAGAGUCAUUCUGCAUAUCUUAUACAGUUCUUAUGAUUAAGUCAUGUUUUUUUACUUUACCUUUUAAGAAGUUUCUCUUUUCAUGCAUCUAAAGAGUUUUAGUCCUAACCCGAACUGUAAAUCAGUGUUGAAUGACUUAUGCUGAAACUUCAUAAAAUAAAAGAAUUAUCUCAGUUAACUGUUGUUUGAAGAGAUGCAUAAGGAAAUUGUUGUUGGCUAUUGUUUACAUGAAAUGUUAAGCAUCUUUAAAGAUCUUUGAAUAAAAUUCAAUAACAGUAAAUCUUAUUGCCUAAUAUAUCUUCACUACCUGAAUUGCCAUUAGUUGAGAAUUUUCAGUUUCAAGAAAAUCAAAAUAUAAAUGUAAUUUUACAUUUAUGUUUUGUUCGUGUCUCAUUUCUGUCAAAUUCCAGUCUUAUGAAAUGUGAAUUGUUGUAGACCUGUUUAUUUCAACAGUGCACAGUCAUCUCUGUGUAAUAACUUUAUGUUUGUGGCAGUAAUUUUUAUUUUACAAUUAAAGACAUCUUAAAAUAUUAACAUUAUGUAGCUUUCUCAUGGUAAAUGGGAAAAUUUACAACACAAACUUGUAUAAUGGCUAUAAUAUUUGGCCUCUUGGCUUAUUUUUAAUAGUUAUUUUUUUUUCAUACAUUUUUGUCUACUCUUCUCCUUUAGAUAUAUUUAUUUGUGACUCAAGAUCUUGGUACAGGUAUAAACACAAAUUCCUCUUUAUUUGUUUCAACCAAUUUUUUCAAGCCUGAGGGGGAACUUGACUAAUUAAUUAGGAUUUAGUGGGUGUGUUUACCUUAAGUUUCUGAAUAUCUCUAAAUGGUUUAUGUUUUUAAUAAACUUCUGUCCUUUUAGAAAUAAUAUGCAGGUUAUUGUGGAUGAGGAUCUGGCUUUACUACUAUAGUCAAAGUGAAUGAAAUUAGUCGAUUUGUAACCAAGGAAAAAAUAUUAGAUGAAUUUCAGAAAAUAAUUGAUUAUUCAUAUUCUUCUUUAAGUGAUAAAUGAAUCACAUUUGCUAGAAACUUUUUCUGAUAUAAAUGAGUUGGUUAGACCAAUCCAGCACUUUUAGGGUAAAUAACAAUAAUGUUAAUGAAACUAAAGACACUACGAUAUUGGAUUAUGUGUUGUUGAUAUCUUCGGAAUUAUAGUACUAUCAUCCAGACAUGUAAGAAUUGACUGAAAACCAAGAAUCUAUAACACAGCAGAGCAGAUAAUUAAGUACAUGGUUACUAAUUAACUGUAAAUCAUACUGACAACAA